AUGCGCUCUUACUCCGGCUGCUUGACGUGCAAACGGAGGAAGUUGAAAUGUGACGAGUCUAAACCAGCAUGCCGCAAAUGUAUCAAAGCAUCCCGAGACUGUUCUUAUGGAGAACAGUCUAUUUUCCGUAGCCAGGAGAUUACCUCGACGCCCAAUCGCAUACGGAAAGGUACUACCGAUCAGGGAAGACAGCAGGCCAAUAGGUCUAGAGAGGACGCUACCUGGGUAGAACUUCCAGCUGAACUCACGUUUGUUCAGGUGGGAGAUCCCUGGGACAAUGAAAGCUCAAGCGUCAUUGAGGCAGCGGGUGCAACUGUGGAUGAAGAAAAUGUCACAGACGGGACGAUAGAGGCCAGCGAAGAAAAUGAGAUUCAUGAAUCUCAAUCAGUACCACACGAUGUUCCUGUUGCAACCCCUUCCUUUCACCAUACACCGACUACCGACCAUCGCACACCGCGAGCACUCGAUUCCCAAAUUUAUCGCACCAAUCAAUCGGAGUCCGAUCCAUUAGAAAAAGUUCUCGCCUCAUACCUUUUGCGACAUUUCAAGCAAGGCCCAGGCCAGUGGAUGGAUCUUUUCGAUACGACGUCUUACUUUUCUUCCAAAAUCCCUGUCAUCGCGACAUCAAAGGAUUUAUUGAAAUCGGCCGUAUGUGCUCUCUCUGCAAAGCAUCUGCGACAUGUCUGUCGAGUUAUGAGCCUGGCCGGUGCGGACCCCGGGUCUGUUCCCAGAUUUAUUGGCCUCCCUUUCUCAACCGAAGAAUUGUGGCGAUAUCACUCUGCAAGAUAUUACGACCAAGCUCUUGGCCAUCUCAAAAUUGCUGUCAGCUCAGAGUCAUAUUCGCAUAAUCUACCGGGAAAAGAAGAAAUGCUCGCUGCAGUCGCUAUUCUCUGCGCAUUUGAGUUGAUGGACGCUCCUGGAAGUGCAUGGAGAGCUCAUCUCAGCGCUUUACCACUCUUCAAUGAUAGAGCUAAUUCUGCACCUGGUCAUUCUUCAAUCAUCAUUCCUCAGACAGCCGUAAAAGGUCCAAUAUUCUGGAGCCUGGCGAGGCAAGACUUGUUAUGUGCCUUCAUAAGCGAAACUCCAACUCGAUUAGACUUGAAAGACAUGCGUCUCUGGCAAAACGCAGGCUUGGCCACUGACGAAAAUGGAGAGCUGUUACCCUACAGCCCAUCAGAUGUCAUGCAAAGCCAAAAUUCUUCUGGACUUGAAGAGGACAUGAGAAGCAAUGAACUCGCAUGGAUUCUCGGUAAAAUUGCAAACCACCUAACUGCAGGGGACGCUUUGGUUCCGGGUAAUAACGCGUUACCACGCCAUCAGCGGUCUCUUAUCGGGUUGAGUCAAGAGCAUCUCCUGGAAAGAUGGAAUAUGUUGAUGACUGAUCUUGAGAGAUGGCAUGACUCUCUUCCCGCAUGCUUCACUCCGACUGCUCGGACGCGAAGAAUAGGUAGCGCAGCUUCUGGUUUUGAGCUGAGUUUUGAUGCCUUCGAACAAAUCUGGUUCGACUUGCCACUUUGUGCAGCAACAAUGCAAAGCUAUCAUCAAGCGAAAAUAUUGUUAUUAGCAAACGAGCCACAGGAAUCAACAGCUAUUCGUUCAACUGUAUCAGCGCGCUUGAGAUCCUACCGGCAUGCCCUCCGGGAAGUCGUUCAUCAUGCCCGGGAAGUAUGUGGUAUCAGUCUUGCCAACUCGACCGAUUCAUUGAGGGUCCAUUCUGUACAAGCCUUGUUUGUCGCUGGGCAGGUUUUCCAGGAGCGUUGCGAGCAGGAAGCGGUUCUGGAAUUACUUUCUGGAAUUGAAAGGGAUCUUGGAUGGACUACUCGAUAUCAUGUGGCCAAGUUGAAGGAUGAAUGGGCAAGAGGAAGAGAAGGCAACCACGUUGACCGUGAGGAGCAGGGUCAUGACUCCAACUGGUUCAUUUCCUAG